AUGUGCAAUGGUGGUGAGGUAUCUGACGGUACUACCUGUUGGUCUAUGCGUCUAAUGUGGAGGGCUGGAGGAAACGGCGAGGCAUAUGCAUAUCUCCCAGUUGCAGAAAACAAUCAAAUGUGUGGAUCCAAAAAUAUCAUUUGCUCCAGCAUCUAUGGCUCAUCCAUCAACAGGGGAGCAUUCCAGUUUACUACAGGAAAAUGGAUCUCGCUUUCCAUAUUUGUUCAACUCAACACACCAGGCUUAAGCGAUGGUUCCAUUGUCGUCUACACCGAUAAGGGCCAAAACCGUGCCAUUAGCCGAGGCAAUGUUGUUUAUCGUGCCAAAUCGACCACCGACAAAAGUCUCUUGAUUCAAUCCAUAAUGUUUUCGACAUUUUAUGGUGGACAUACGGGAGAUUGGGCUGCACCAAUAAGUAUGGCCAACGAUCGAAUUGCCAAUCGAGCUUCAGGUCUAUUUUCUACCAUGUCAUUAUGGAUCGUUUCUGUCGCCUCGCUCAUCUCUCUUGUAAUUGCUUUGUGGUAG